UUGACACAAGUACACAAAGCCUAGAUUCAAACAAGACACAUGAAAGUACUGUUUUUACCGACAUGAAAAUCAGUGACCUACUAUAGCCGGUAACAUUUCAGACACAAACUCAGAGUCUUCUCAUGUUACUCUUUCAUCCCACUUUCUUCCUUAAAGUUUAGCACAUGACAUGAUUGUACACUUACAUCAAAACAUCCAUCUCUCUUUUCUCUUCCCACUAUUUCCCCCUUUACAUUUUCUGUGCCCUAAAUUCAAGAACCUGAGGGGUUGGAAUUGUUGUGUGGAUAGGAAGUUGGAAGAAGGGCUUGGGAAGGUUUUUUGGUUGAUGUAAUGGAUGCUUUAAAUGGAGUUCAGUGGGGGUCUUGGGGGAACCAAUCUGAGAUUGUUUUUUCGGAUCGAAAGGUAGUUAGGGGGGCUAGAUUUGAACAUGGUGUUCCUGAUCAAGAGUUGAGGAGAAUUGAGAAUGGGUUUUUAGGUCAAGGUCAGGUAGAUGGAAGGAGAAUUGAGAAUGGGUUUUUAAGUCAAGAGUUAAGUGGAAUUGAGUUGGUUCCGAAUCCGCCUACACUUACUCAUGUAGCUCCGAGUUCGAGUGUCAGUGCUGAGGAUGGGUCGCAGGAAGACUGUGAUUUUUCUGAUGCCAUAUUGGGUUAUAUAAGUCAGGUGCUUAUGCAAGAAGACAUGGGGGACCAGACUUGUAUGCUUCAAGAUUCUUUGGAUCUUCAAGCUGCUGAGAAGCCCUUUUAUGAUGUCCUUGGGAAAAAGUAUCCUCCUUCUCCUCAACAGGGUCUGCCAGAUUUAGGCGACCAAUAUAGGUUCGGCCUAAAUGAACAGGAUGCGGUAGCUGAUUAUGGUCAGUUUAUUGAUCCCUAUUGGAGUAACUACCCUGUGGACUACAAUGGCUCCCAGGUGCAAACUCCCCUGGCUUCUACUGUUACUCAUACAAUGGUCAAUCCAGCAAACAGUUCUAUAAAGUUUAUAGAUGGAUUCUUGGACUCUCCUAUAAGCCCUCUACAAGUACGAGAUUUAUAUAAUGAGAGCCAAUCAAUUUGGCAAUUCAAGAAAGGGGUUGAAGAAGCAAAUAAGUUUCUUCCGAGUAGUAACAACACAUUAGUCAAUUAUAACUUUAAUGAGUUGAUACCACAAGAUCUGCAGAUAAAUACCAGUGAACUUGCAACGGAAGUGGAGAGGAGCAAUGAGCUCCAAUACUUGCCUACUGGGUCAAGGGGCAGGAAGAUCUCUCACAGGGAUGAUAUAGGAAUAGAACAAGAGAGAACUAGCAAGCUAGCAGCAGUUUACCAGGAAUCAACUUUGCGUGAUGAUGAGUUCGAUACGGUUUUACUUUGCAGUGAGGGGAAAGGUAAAGCCGUUCUGGAAUCUUUUCGUGAAACUCUGAGGAAUGAUAAAAGUAAGUUUGCCGAACAAAUUGCGCAAUCAAAAGGAUUUAGUAGAGGUAAAGGUCGUGGUAAGAAACAGACCAAGAAAAAGGAAGUGAUUGACUUGAGAACCCUUCUGAUAAGCUGUGCACAAGCUGUUGCUGCUGACGAUCGCAGAAAUGCAAAUGACCUGCUGAAACAGAUCAGACAACAUUCUUCGCCUUUUGGUGAUGGAAAUCAACGAUUGGCUCACUGCUUUGCUGAUGGUCUCGAGGCACGCUUGGCCGGCAAUGGUACUCAGAUUCAUAAAGCUCUUGUCAGUAAGAAAACAUCUGCUUCUGAUUAUCUAAAAGCCUACCACCUAUAUCUUGCAUGCUGUCCUUUCAGAAAAAUUUCAAAUUUUGCAGCUAACUUUACAAUUAGAACAAAAGCUGGAAAUAAUAUGAGGAUACACAUUAUAGAUUUUGGGAUCCUUUACGGUUUUCAAUGGCCCACCUUCAUGCAACGUAUCUUAGACAGAGAGUGUGGUCCUCCAAGUCUUCGAAUAACGGGUAUAGACUUUCCCCAACCAGGUUUUAGGCCAGCAGAACGAAUUGAAGAGACUGGUCGUCGGUUGGCAGAUUAUGCUCGAGAGUUUGGUGUGCCAUUUGAAUACACUGCCAUAGCAAAGAGAUGGGAAACUGUAAAACUCGAGGACCUAAAGAUUGACAAAGAUGAAUUUCUAGUUGUCAACUGUUUGUAUAGAUCUAAAAACUUGCUUGGUGACACUGUGGUGGUAGACAGUUCCAGAGACAUUGUUCUCAACCUAAUAAGGCAGAUUAAUCCUAAUAUUUUCGUCCACGGGGUUAUAAAUGGGGCUUUCAGUGCCCCAUUCUUUGUCACACGCUUCCGUGAAGCUCUAUUCCACUACUCGGCUCUGUUUGAUAUGCUCGAGACUAAUGUGCCUCGAGAGCAUGUUGAGAGAAUGCUGAUAGAGAGAGAUAUAUUUGGGAAGGAAGCUCUGAAUGUCAUAGCUUGUGAGGGAUGGGAGAGAGUCGAGAGGCCAGAGACAUAUAAGCAGUGGCAAGUUCGUAAUAUGAGGGCAGGCUUCGUGCAGCUCCCUUUUGACAGGGUUACUGUAGAAAGGGCAAAAACAAAGGUGAGAUCAAACUACCACAAAGAUUUCAUUAUUGAUGAAGACGACAAGUGGCUGUUGCAGGGAUGGAAAGGGCGCAUUAUAUAUGCCCUAUCUUGUUGGAAACCUGUCUAGAUAACUUGAGGGUGUGUUUUCUAAAUAUGUCUAAUAUGCUUGAGAAAUUUAACACCUGCAGCAGUGUUACAAGAUUCCGAUGAAUAGUCCUAUUCAUACAUCAGAGUUGUCGUCAGACGACUGGUAUCAGAUGACAGUUCAGGCUGAGGUAACAUAUAAAACCUUCUGCAUCUUACUGCACCAAACUUCUAUGUUCUAAUCGACUAGACAUAUGAGAAUGAGGCCCAUAUGUAAUUUAAACGUCAUCUCAUGAUCAUUAGAUGUUUAACGAGUAGUGAUAAACUGUAACAUCGUCCAUUAUGAAUACCAACUAAUGGUUUGAAGAUGAUAUGUAUAGUACCAGUUCAUCAACUUAAAAAGUUCAUGUCUCUAGUUAAGUAGUCGCGCUUUUUAAUAAAUAUACCUCUUUAGCUGUA